GCAGAUCCCUCCCCAUCGAGGGGAAGCCUCCCCGCCAGGCCCUUUUAAUCUCAGAAUCCGUGGGGUCUCGGGACCUCGCCAGCUUCACGACUCCCUUAGCCCCGGCUCCAUCGGCCAUUGGCCUGAAAUCUGCAUAACACCGCCCCCUUUCCCAGCAUGCUCUCUUAACCCUUUCAGUGCCGGCACCGUUGUUUCCUGUUCCAAAGCUGUUGCUUUUCACUCUCCCCUUAGAAUCGCUCCCCGAAAAAUGGGGCAAAAUCAGCCAAGAGUCUUGUUGGACCCGAAAGACUAACACAUUUACUGCAGCAGAAUUUUCCGUGGACUGGAGCCCACGGGCUUCCGGUGCCGGCGGAGGAAGGAAAACACCUGAGAGCGUUAGGGAAAGCUAAUAAAACUGAAGGGAAUCAAAUCCGGGGUGUACUUACAGCCCAUCUGUCACUUGCAUUGUCCUGCUGGUCACCGGCCUCGGCUCACCUCCCUCCGUCCAGCACCCACGACCUCCUCUUCUGAAAUAGAGCAGCAGCAGCAGCAGGUGGAGAAAAACACAGCAGUUCCAGUCCUUUGGGAAGACAGGAUGUGUCUUUGUGUGGAGGGAAAAAAAGAGCCUUAAGGCCUCCUUAUCUGCACAAGGGCCCAGGCCAGAUUGCUCAGAUAACGUCCUGAGGGAGGUGCUGGCAGUCUGAAAAGAGAGGGAAUAAAAGGUGAGAUCCAGGACACAAAACAUCACUCCCCGCCCCUUGGAUUUGAUUAGAGUGGAAUGGCUGGAUAAGAGCUGUCAAUAGCCCUGCAAAGACCUCCAUCUGCAUGACAAAAGCAAAGUGCUAGUCCUCAGGAAUGCCAGGUGGGAAGGAAGAGGCCACACCCAGAGCACUGCCAGACGAGGAAGGACAGAGGGCCCCCUGUCCUCCUCCGGUGAGCGUCAUGAAGCCCCCACCUGAAGGAGGGCUCUCCUCGGCUUCUGCAGGCUCUUCUUCGCCAGCUAAAUCCGGAGGAGGCUUUUGCUUCCGGCACUUCCCUCUGGAUGUCUCCCUGGAGAGCAAGCAGGAGAGCUCUCUUCGCCCUGGACAGGCCAGAGGGUUUCCCUCCAUCAGCAGGGAGUUGAUUGCUGGGUGGGGGAGUUGAAUAGAGCCUCUGGAUGGCCAGGAGGUGUGAAUGGGCCGUGCCAGACACUCCUCCGCAUAAGAAUCAGUGGCUUCCAGGCAUCUGGCUUGUCCUUCUAGCAAGCAGCAGGCUUAGGCGGGCUGGCUGGCUUUUCAUCCCUGCACUGAGUCCUCCAAGAGGCUGCAGGGAAUCUUUGGGGAAGGGGUGGGCUCUGGGUCACGGCUCAGCUCAGUGGCAACAGAGACCCUCUUUGCAUGCAGAAGGCAGGCUGGUCUGACAAACCCGGGCCGGCAGCGGGCAGGAAUGUGGCUGCAGCUCAGCGGCAACAGAGCGCCUGCUUUGCACGCAGGAAGUCCAGAGUCAAUCCCUGCAGAGCCACUGCCCGUCCGGGUAGACCGGACUGAGCUGGGUGGGCCGAGGGUCUGACUCGGGAGGAGGAGAAGGCAGCUCCCCGUGUCCCUCUGCGUGCAGGCAGGAGUGUGGCUCACAGACCUGGCCCGGUGUUGCGAAAGGCAACCUGAGAAGGGACUCAUCCGGGCUGGAAGAGCCUGUGACGUGCCCGGCAGAGGUGGGCUCUCCGAGCCGGUUCCCAUGGAGAGCAGCCGGCCUGGCUCCAGCAGCCCGCAAGGAAACCCAAUCCUCGCAGGCCAUCCCGGGAGGGAGGCCGGUGGCUGUUCUGCCAGGCAGCUGGCCUGCGCGAUAUUUCCUAGUGUCCCCACCCCGGAAGAGGCCCCGGCAGGCUUGCGGUCCCUGCACCGUUGACUGAAGAGAAGGAGACAAAGACGAGGCCACGAUCCCCUUUGCUCUGCCCUGCGAGGAGACCCAGACCCAGAGGGGGACGUGUUGGAGACCCCCUUGGUGGCACUUGGCAGAUUCCGUCCAGCCACGCCUUGCGACUCCUCACCCCCCAUCCGAGACCUCUGCGGGUCUCUCCCCAAAUACGGCUGAACCGCUUCUCGGCGAGUCCUGGGACGUGAUCGUUUGUUUGAAUCAGACACGCAUUUCGAUUAGCUCCCCAGUUUGAAGCCAAGGCGGAAGAGGCUCCUUGGCGGCUGCAACGGUGGCUCCUCUCCCGCAUGCUCAGGAAUCCCGUGAGCUCCCUUUGGCUUUCUCGCGCCCAGGAUGUGCUCCCCUCUCUCUGACGGGCCGGUUAAUUCUGCCCGCCUCCCGCCAGGCUGAGUUUUCAGCGUCUCCGGAGGUGCUUUUCCGAUAUGAAACGGCACUCAGGCUGCCACGCUGGGGGGCGAUCCUGCAUGCUCGCGGCCGGUUCUCUGUCCACGGGGGGCUGAUGACAGCACCCUUCGCCUGAGCUCCUCAUGGCUUCCGGAGACCCCUCCGUGCCGGAAGCCGAGCUGACCCCCCAGUGCGGCCCGGAGGGACCUCGGCUGUCCGGCAAGAAGAAGAAGGAGAAGAAGAGGCGGAAGGAGAGGGCCGAGGCGGAGCAGGAGCCGGAGAAGGGCUGCGCGGGGGACCCCUCGCGGAGAGAAGGGCAGGUCGAGGCCCUCACCCGGGAGGGCCACGCGGCCCUGCUGCUCGGCCAGCCGGCCCAGGCCUUGGCGUGCUUCAAGAAGGCCUUCGCCCUCGCCUUGGCAACCCCCAGCGCCCAGGCCCAGCAGGCCUGCGCGCUCAACCUGGGCGCAGCCUACGUGGAGGCCGGCCAGCCGCAGAAAGGGCUGGAGCUCCUGGCCCGCUGCCGGCCCGAGGAAGGGGACGCGGCCGAGCACCUGGGGGACCUCUUCUUCAACGUGGGGGCGGCCCACGAAGGGCUGGGCGACUUCCCCCAGGCCCUGGAGUCCUUCCGCAAGGCCCAGGCCCACUACCGCUCGGCCCAGGCCGGCAGCGAGGCCAGCACCUCCCUGAAGAUGGGCUACUGCUACCUGGGGAUGGCGGACCCCGCCCGGGCCGCCCAGUGCUUCCUGGAGGCUGGCCGGGCCUUCGCCGAGGGGGAGAGCUGGGAGGCGGCCGCCCUGGCCCUGGCCGAAGCCGCCGGCCACAUGCUGCGCAGCCCACAGCACGGGGCCAGCCAGGUCGUCGAGGUGCUGAACGAGUGUCGCUCGUUGUGCGAGCGGAUCCCGAGCAGAGCCCUGCUGGGGAAGCUCUACAACGACAUCGGCCUCAGUUUCUCCCAGCUCCGCAUCUUCCCCCUGGCGGCCGAGAGCUUCGAGAAGGCCCUCCCGCUCUGCCAAAGCCACGGCGGUGACCAGCACAGGGAGGCCGCCGUCCUGCAGAACCUCGGUGCCGCGCACAACGCCCUGGGGAACUUCGGACCGGCCCUCGGCUUCCACCGCAGAGCUGCUUCCUUGCACAGCGCCCUGGGGAACAGGCGGGCCCAAGGGCAGUGCUUCGGCAACUUGGCCUUCGCGUUCAGCCAGCUGGGGGACCAGGAGGCCGCCGGGGAGAACUACCUCCACGCCCUCCAGGCCUUCAAGGACUCGGACGACCGCCAAGGACAGUGGCAGGCUUGUGAGGGGCUGGCGUCGUCGUGCCUCCACCUGGGGGACCCCGAAAAGGCCAUUGUGCAUUAUAAAGAAGCUCUCGCCUUGCUCUCUGCCUGCCAGGACGUCUCCGAAACCGCGCAGGAGCGGAUUGUGAACAAGCUGACAGACGCCCUCCAGAACAAGCUCUCGAUGAGCAGCCGUUGCUUCCGCGGGAGCGGGAGGGUCCCAGCUGCUCCCCUGCUCGGACUCCUCGCCUGCCUGUUUCCCUCCUUCCCCCCUCAGCAGCCUUUUUCUGCCUCCCAGAGCUCCGGCCAGGCCCGCUUCGCCAUGCCGCUGCACGAGAACGCGCCUCCGACAGCGUGCGAAGCGAGCCACGGAAGCGAGCCGUUGCCAGGUCAACAGGGACAGCGGGUCUCUGCCCCACUGAAUCGCAGGCCUGCCCUCGGGGAGGGGGCUCCAGUCCCUCAGAGCAGCCAGUGGAGACCCCCGCCGGCGGGAGUUGCAGCUCAACUGGCAACGCACGGCGACAAGACCUCCUCCUCCGCUCCGAGAAUCCCCAACGGUCUUGCAGUGCUGGCCGGCAGCAGUGCGGAGGACCCCAAGCGGCAGCCCCUGGCGGCGCCAGGCGGUUGGGCCCAGGUGCAGGCUGACAGACGCCUCCCCGGCCCGCAGAGGUGGGGGGCCAGGCUCCGGUCCGUCGUCUGUGCCCUGAUGUGACGGGAGCGUGAUGCUGGGCAGGCCAGCCGGCAGGGGGCUCCAGACGCCGGGCCCUCCGCGCAAGGACUCGGGGCCCAGCCACCCACCGCAAACGGCAGCACGCGCCAGUUCUUCUUGGACCGUGAGAGGAGCCCCACUGGAGAGAGGAGCUGCAAGGAGGCUUCCGGGAAGCUAGACUGCCUCUGAGCCAGAAGGUUCUCUUGAGCUCCCAUGGCGAAUACCCGCCGAUAAGGCCUCAUCCUCCAUGAAUGACUAAGCCAGUGGUGGUCCUCACUGCAUCUUGUGGCGGCAUGUUCCACUGGUGAAUCCUGCGUUGCAUUUUCCUUUGUCUGUCCUGAGUCUACUGCCAGUCAAUUUAUUAUUAUUUAUUCAUUAUUUAAACUGCUCAGGCUGGCUGACAACAUUGUUGUAACCUGUCUGUUUCACUGAGCGACCACCACCGCAGUAUUAAAAGAGGGGAAAGGUGA